AUGCACCCACGCCCACCCACCCGCAGCCCCUUAUUCGUGACCUGGAAGAAAGCUAGCAGGAAUGGUGAGCGACGCCUGCGGGGCUGCAUCGGCAUUCUGGAGCCCCGCCGUCUGCAUCAGGCCCUCCACGACUAUGCCCUGACCAGUGCGCUGCACGACCGCCGUUUCCCACCCAUCGAGGCCCAUGAGCUGCCAGCGCUGGAGUGCACCGUGUCCCUCCUGCAUUCAUUUGAGACGGGCGGUUCCUGGGAGGACUGGGUCCCGGGAGUGCAUGGCAUCAUCAUCGAGUUUGCGUGCCCCCUCACCGGGGGCACCCGCAGUGCCACGUUCCUGCCCGAGAUUGCCCAGCAGGAGGGCUGGACCCGGGUGCAGACCAUUGACCAGCUCAUUUCCAAGGCGGGGGCCAGGGGCGGGCAGGCCAGCCUUCGCUCCAUCCGUGCUGGACUGUCUCUGGUCAGAUACCAGAGCACUGCGGCCAGUCUCACACACGCACAGUGA